AUGAGUUUUGGAUGGGUUGGUGGGUCGUGGUGUCAUGCAACGGAAGAGGAGCAACAACGGGGUUGCUUCCAAGCGCAGCAGCGGAAACGGGCUUUGGUGGGUUCGGUGGAGCAUGCAGGAACGACGUCGUGGAGGCAGGGGAUGGUGAGAGGAGGAGGAGGGGGAGGGGGAGGAGGGGAGAUAGUGGAAGUUGAAGGGGGACACAUUGUGCGGUCCACCGGGCGGAAGGACCGUCACAGCAAAGUGUGCACCGCCAAAGGACCGCGUGACCGACGGGUCAGGCUAUCGGCCCAUACCGCCAUUCAAUUCUACGACGUGCAGGACAGGUUGGGCUACGACAGGCCCAGUAAGGCCGUGGACUGGCUCAUUAACAAGGCCAAGUCCGCCAUCGACGAACUCGCGCAUCUACCUCCCUGGAAACCCACCCUCCCAACAACAAACCACCAAAACGAUGACGAAUCAGACAAACAAAACCCUAAUAACCCAAACUCAACCACAAACACCAACGCAGACACAAACCCUGAUGAUGAAAUUCUGAACCAGUUCAACGAGAAUCUUGAGAACGAUGGUGGGGGAGGAGGAGGAAGUUCGAGUUAUCUUCCGUUGGAUAACGACGCGAUAAGGUCGUUCUUCCCGACAACGACGUCGUCGCUGAUUCAGUUUCAGAGCUACCCGCCGGAUUUGCUUUCGAGGACGAGCAGCCAGGAUUUGCGUCUCUCGCUUCAGUCCUUGCAGGACCCGAUUUUGCUCCACCAUAACCAAAAUGAGCACGUGCUUUUCGCCGGAGCCGGGUUUGAUAACAUGGUAGCGUGGAACAACAUUAGUAAUGCUACUAAUGAUACUGGUACUGGUGCUGGUGGAGGUGGAGGAGGGUUUGUGCUUAACACUCCUUCGCCUUUGUCGGGGCCGGCGACGGUGGCGUCGCCGGCAGUUGUUUUUGGCUAUGGUAAUGGUAAUGGUCAAGGCCAGUAUCUUUCUCAGAGGGGACCCCUUCAGUCCAGUAACACCCAGUCCGUUCGUGCGUGGAUUGACGCGCCGUCGUUCGUUGCCGCCGCCGAUCAUUAUCAUCGGCAUCACUAUUUGUCACCGGUAUCGGCCGCGGCGGCUUUGGUGUAUCAGUCAUCUCCUUCUUCGGCAUUUGCGCCCGGGGGCUUCUCGGGAUUCCGCGUGCCGGCACGAAUUCAGGGUGAGGAGGAGCACGACGGCGUGUCCGAUAAGCCGUCCUCUGCUUCCUCCGAUUCUCGCCGUUGA